UGUUCCUGGCCGGCCAUGGGCUCGGGCUCGUCCGCGCUGGCCCGCCUCGGCCUCCCGGGCUCCCGGCUCCCCGCGCAGCCCCGGCCCGCCUGGCUCGGGGUCGCCGCGCUGGGACUGGCCGCGCUGGCGCUGGGGGCGGCGGCCUGGCACCGGAGGCGGUCCCGGAGGCCGCGGCGGCUGCAGCAGGUGGGCACCGUGUCGAAGCUGUGGAUCUACCCGAUCAAGUCCUGCAAGGGGGUGUCGGUGAGCUCGGCCGAGUGCACGGCCAUGGGGCUGCGCCGCGGCCGGGUGCGCGACAGGUUUUGGCUGGUGAUUAAGGAAGAUGGGCACACAGUCACUGCCCGGCAGGAGCCUCGCCUUGUGCUGGUCUCCAUCACCUUGGAGAACGACUGUCUGAGCCUCACGGCCCCAGGCAUGGGUCAGCUGGUCGUGCCCAUCAAGCUGCCUUCUUCCAACAAGAUCCACGACUGCAGGAUAUUUGGCCUGGACAUUAAAGGCAGAGACUGCGGCAAUGAGGCAGCACAGUGGUUCACCGACUACCUGAAAACAGAGCCGUACAGGCUGGUUCAGUUUGAAACAUCCAUGAAGGGAAGAACAGCAAAGAAAAUUUUCCCUUCUGAAACAUACCUUCAGAAUUACCAGGUGGCCUACCCAGACUGCAGCCCCCUCCUGAUCCACACCGAGGCCUCACUGGCAGAUCUCAACACCCGGAUGGAGAAGAAAAUUACAAUGGAGUACUUCAGGCCAAACAUCGUGGUGACCGGCUGUGACGCUUUUGAGGAGGACAGCUGGGAUGAACUCCUCAUCGGGGAUGUGGAAAUGAAAAAGGUGUUGUAUUGCCCCAGGUGCAUUUUGACCACGGUGGACCCUGACACUGGAAUUAUAGACAGGAAAGAGCCACUGGAGACCCUGAAGAGCUACCGCCUAUGUGAUCCUUCUGAGCGACAUAUAUACAAGGCGUCCCCGCUUUUUGGGGUCUAUUAUUCAGUGGAAAAAACUGGAACCCUGAGAGUUGGCGACCCUGUAUAUCGGAUGGUGGAGUGAUGGAUGCACCAUGGUGACACGCAUCCAAGGCACGUUGACUGGCAGAGCUUCGGUGACUCCCGACUCCCUGUGUCGACCGUGUUUCCUUUAGAAAUGGAUCUCAACUUGUGAUUUUCAGAGUUGUGUGUGCUCUGAGUUCAUGCCGGAGAAUAUCACAGCUGCCUUGGGAAUCUGAGGGUAAUGAAGGCUUUUCAAAUGAACAAAAUUAUCUGCAAAAUUACUCUAAAUGUUACCACAGCUGCCACAUUUUUCUAAUCACUGACUUUAAUGUUGAUGAAUAAAAAAAGUUUCAAGAAGGAAUUGAAAUGCUGCCAUUAAAAAAAGAAAAAAGCUUGUACACUUUACUACCUGUUGUAGUUUAAGGUAAAAUGGGCAAAUAGUACAAUGUCUUAAUAUGCCUCUACAUGUUAACAUACUCAAAAAUGCCUGUAGUUGGUCCUGACCUGGCUGAAAGGCUUCCUGUUGGGUUUUCAUUCAUGCAUUUUUUUUCUUCAUGUAACAUUAUGGAACCAGGAUUAUACUUAUAUGUGGAAAUAGACUGUUUUCUAUUAGAUUUUGAUUCUGUUAGACCAUAUUACAUUUUAUCUGUAACUGCCAAUAUAUCAUUUUUAUUUCUAAACAAGAAAUGAAUUUUUAAAAAACAGGAAUGUGAGGAAGAAUCAUAAAGGUCUUUUUAAGAUUCAUAUAUAUUUUUAUAGCCCAGAGAAAUGGACUAGUUUGAUACAAGUAAAUAAAAAUCACUAAUCUGAAA